UUAGUCUCCAGCCCUGUUAUUAUUUAUUUGUAACAAUCUUCUAUUAUUAAUAUUUUACUGUCCAAGAUCAUACAAACACCCAUGCAGGAGUGUAUAGAAUAGAAUAGAAAGCUUUUAUUGUCAUUGUACAACAGACAUACUGUAAGCACAACGAAAUUACAGGGGGCUUCAACGAGGUGCUGGUCCUAAUAUAAGUAAUAGCAUAGUGUAGCAUCGAUAUAGACAACAUAAAAAACACAAUAUAAAUACAAAUGCAAUGUUAAAAAUAUAGAUGCUAUACACAAAUACAAGGGGUAUUCAUAAAAAGUGAAUGCUGCUUGUAGCAAAUGGUAAAAGCAGGAGUUACAUGACAGGGGUUGUUGCACAUUAUUACACAAUUAUUGCACAUGAGGUUAUUACUCGUGACACAGGUAGUUAUGAAGGUAAAGUUAUUGUAUUGUAUGGUGUGGGGGACGCCUUUGAGGACUCAAGACAAAGCAGGUGAGUUAAAGUGUCAGAUCACCCAAAAACCUCUCACAUUUCUCAUUUGGUAUCAAGUCAUGCAGACAGUCAUGUGACUGGCCAAAUCACAGCACAACUAUCGGCAUGGCAACAGGGCCAGUUCUAGAAUUUAAAUAUCAACAAUUCCUUGAUCAAAGGAUCUAUGUGUGACAUCAUGUGUGACAUCAUGUGUGACAUCAUUCACUUGCAGAAUACUUGUUGGACACAUUGUGGGCAUAACACAGAGAGCAGGUGGUACACUUAGAGAAGGAUUACAAAAAGCCAGGUUUUAUCCCAGCUACAUCGAAUCCAAAAUAUCUGAAAGGUGAAGUUGUUUUCUUUAAGAUAAGAAAAUGAGCAGCCUCUUCACACCAGUUAAGGGAUCUCUCUGGUCCCAAAACAUCAUUUGGGACCAUGCAGAUGAAAUUGAAGAUGAAAUUCCAGAAGAGGUUGCAUCAGAGGUUGCAGAAGAGGUUGCAUCAGAGGUUGCAGAAGAAGUUGCAUCAGAGGUUGCAGAAGAGGUUUCAGAGGAGUCCAGGAGAAGUAGCUGCUCCAGCACUAGUAGCAGAGGGUCCAGGAGAAGAAGCUACUCUAGCACUAGUAGCAGAGGGUCCAGGAGAAGAAGCUACUCUAGCACUAGUAGCAGAGGGUCCAGGAGAAAAAGCUACUCCAGCACUAGUAGCAGAGGGUCCAGGAGAAAAAGCUACUCCAGCACUAGUAGCAGUGAGGAAUCUGAGAAAUCUGUUAGAGGUCACAGCAGAAGAUCUCUUGAAGAGGCCUUGAAGAGAGAGAAAAAAGCUAACGCUUUUCUUGAAGAGGAGUUGACGAAGGAGGAAAAAGCUAACGAACUUCUUAUAGAAGACUUGAAGAAGGAGGAAAAAGCUAACGAAUCUCUUAUAGAAGACUUGAAGAAGGAGAAAAAAGCUAAAGUUUCUCUUGAAGAGGCCUUGACAAAGGUGGAAAAAGCCAACAACUCUCUUAGACAGGACUUGAAGAAGGAGAAAAAAGCUCAUGCUUUAUAUAAAGAGGCCUUGGAGAAGCAGAAAAGAUCCAAAGCUGAACUGAAGGAUGCUCUGGAGCAGGAGCGAAAACAAAAACACGCUCUUGAAAAGUCCCUGAAGAAGAUGCAAGUUGAAAUGGACCUCAUGAAGACAAAAGUGGCUGAUCUGAAGAAGUCACCAAAGUCAUAUCAGGGGGAAAAAGAAAGGCUCGAAGGCACAAUCACUGAAAUUACAGCCAUGCUUGUGUCCAACCAGAAGCUCACUGAGGACCUCAAGAAGGAUCUGGAGGUGUCCGCUCAGCACAAAAAAGAGAUGGCUGAGCGUGAGACGGUGAACUGUGCUGAAAUCAAGGCUCUACAGGAACGUCUGAAGAAGCAGCAGGAGGAAAGUCUGGAGAAAGACAAGCAAAUCCUGCACUUCAAGAUUCAGACUAACUUUGAAAGCAAGGACAUUGUUUCCUCACUGCAGGAAAGAGUUAAACAGCAGGCUUCAGACCUCAAAGAAGAGAGAGCAAAAAACCGUGACCUCAAGAGGGACUAUGAGGCUGCUGUCUCCCAGCAGCGGAAGGACCAAGACAAACUGGACCAUCUGACUCAGGACAACCAAGACCUGGUUUCAGAGAAGAAAAUGCUGCAAGAUGAACUUGAUGCCGCUCUAAAGAAGAGACAGCUUGAUCAGAAGCAGCUUCAGGAGAACCGCGAGGACCAACCUCACCGCAGACUUGAGGAGGCCAUUCAGAAAGAGAAGGCUCGCUUCACAGAGGCAUCUGAGAAGAUCCAGAUGCAAAAGGAAGAGCUCUCUGUGAAGACUCUGGCAUUAGAAAAGAGUCUGAUGGCUGAAAAACAUUUAAAGUCAUCCCUCAAAAAGGAAAAGAAGCACUAUGAGCAGAUGCUACAGAGGCAAGAGUCAGCUGAUACAGUCCUCAAGAACCAACUGAGAGAGGCUUCUGCCAAAUCAGAGCAUCUGAUGUACGACGUGCAGACGUUAAAGAUGGACAAUGCUGACAUCAGAGGUAAAUUCAACGCUCUGGAAAAAGACAAUGACGAGUUAAAUUCUAAACACAGCUCUCUCAUUAAAUGCCACCAAGAGAUAAUAGCAAAGAAAAAUGAAACAAUCUUUCAGUGUCAACGUGCCAUCACUGAGCUUGAGUGCAUGGUUAAUAGACUCAAAGCACAGUCAGAAGACAAGACAAGACAGGCAACGGCUGAAGUUGCUCUCAAAUAUGAAACUAGAAACUCAGAGUUGCAGCAGAAAGUCGACCAGAUUACUUCUAGUCUUGACAAAGAAAAGGCCACAUGUGAGAAGUACCGUGUUGAGCUCAAAGAAUCUUUGAAAAGGCAGAUAGAAAUUCUGGAGGAAAACCAGAAAUUCAAAUUCAGACCAAACAGUGACACUAAUGUCAGACUCAACCAGCCGAACACUGCCCUGGAUGAGACCACAAAGGCUCUCCACCACCUGCAGCAAGAAUACAUUGAUCUGGGGAAGAGGCACAGUGACAUCAGUUCAGAAUAUCGUGAGCUGCUGAAAACUCACAGAGCUCUCCAGCUCAGCUACGCUAAAGGAAAUCCCCGACCAGUGUUCAGUCCACCUCCUUACAUACCAAUCCAUUUAUGAAGACCCAUCCAUCAUACUCAUAUGACAGAGUAAAAUCUUAACACCACCAGAGAUGACAUUGAAGAAAAAAAAAGUAGACCAAACUAUUACCAUUAAUUGUCUGUCCGUUUAAGUUUGCAUGUUGUUUUUGUGGGUUCUCACCGGGUGCUCCGGCUUCUUCCCAUAGUUUGACAGCUAUAAAAAGAAGCUCUUUGAGCAGAUGCUGACCUCAGGAACCAGCUGAGAGAAGCAUCUGCAUCCUCAGAGUGUCUGUUGUACAACAUGCAAACAUUAAGGACAGACAUCAGACAAAAUAAUAGUAAAAUCUUAACACCACCAGAGAUGACAUUGAAGAAACAAAAGUAGACCAAAGUUCUCCACCAACUGUAGAACAAAAGAAAUAAAAAUCUGUUCUUGAAAAAGGAAAUAUGUUGUAUUUCCUCUGUAGUUAACAAAUAAGUGCAACAAUACUUUGGCUGAGGGUUUAAAUAAAUUAUUUCCAUGUUUCCAUAGUGACAGAGUAACAGAGUAUUUGUACACUGUGGUAUUGCUACUUUUAUUUAAGUUAAGGGUCAUAAUAUUUCUUUGACCACUUGUGAAUUGUCAUGAUGGUUUAACUUUCAGAAAACAUAUUUUGCUUUUCAAUGGUUAUUUCUCUGGAGGAGCACUGUAUAUUGUUUACCACAAGGUGGCAGUGUUCACUACAAAAAGUCUGUUUAGGUCUGAAACAGUGGACGUUUGUGGAUCUAUGCAGAUACCAUGUGCAGAUCAACCUCUCCC